AUGGCUUCUUUAAACAUAUUCACCCCGGUUCCACUCACCGCCGGCAUCGGGAAUCCAACGAACAAAUUCCCCCGGCGGCGUCACAACUCAGUUUCCUUCGUUUCAAAUUCGCCGGAAUCUGCUCCUGAAAUAGAACUCGAAUUCAUUGCGCCUAAACCGGACGGCGAGGGGAAGUUUCCGGUGGAUAAAGCGAAAGCAAUUAGCGGCGAGAAGCUGAUGAGGAGCAUCAUGUUGGAUAACAAGAUUGAACUUUAUGCCACCUAUGGGAAGUUGAUGAACUGUGGGGGAGGUGGUAGUUGUGGAACUUGCAUUGUUGAGAUAAUUGAAGGAAAGGAUCUUUUAAAUGAAAGAACAAAUACUGAACUUAAAUAUCUUAAGAAGAAACCUGAGUCUUGGAGGCUGGCUUGUCAAACUAUUGUUGGGAACAAAGAAAACUCUGGCAAGGUAGUUGUUCAAAGGAUUCCUCAAUGGAAGAAGUAA